CUUUGUGGACUGUGGGGACGAGGGGGUGAACGACGCUCGCUGGCUCUCUGCCUCGCCUGGCCUGGUGACUGCCAGUGGCAAUGGCAGCAUGGCUGUCUGGGACGCCACUCUGGCCGACCCGCUCAUUGCCUUCUCCUUCGCACACGCUCGAUCCAUCAACACUGUCGCAGUGGCGCCUGAUGACACCUGCAUUGCAACUGGAGGGGAUGACCAGAAAGUG